AUUUUCGGUAUCGGAAAACGUCAGACGAGGCCCCGCCCACUAGCCUGAGUCCAGCUCCAGCUGUGAUUGGAGGGUCGCAGGAGCAAGAUGGCCGCAGUGCAGCGCGCGGCAGCGGAACCCUGAGAUGACGCAAGCUUCAGUUUACGUUCAGCCCUCUCGGCUCCGAGCUCUCCAGUCUCCACAGUAGAUCCCACCCGCCGCUGGAGCCCGGAAGGCUGGCCGGGUACCCUUCAGUGGACCGAGCGGAACCGGUUCCUCAGAGUGUGAGUGCGAUGAGGAGCGGCUCCAGGGAGUGAGGCCAUGGGCUGCACCUCCGCCAAGCAGGUGUCGGCCGUGCCCAACGAUGAGGAGGGACACGGCAAGGUCUACAGCAACGGAGACGCCUUCUCCGAUGAAUACAAGAUGAAGGGAGUGGAGGAGGUGAAGUACAUGAAAGGAGAGGAGAACCGAGUGAAUGCACGGAACCAGGAGAACCUGGAGAAGAGUAAUGCUCAGCCUAAAGGGAAGCCGCAGAAAGAGGCGGCCGCAUCAAACAUCAAGUCUAACAUUCACACGUCGGAGAGCCAGCAGGAGUUUUUCAGGAUGUUGGACGAGAAGAUUGAGAAGGGCCGGGACUACUGCUCCGAGGAAGAGGAGGAGGAGACAUAGCACAGACGCCCGCAAAAGUCCAAGUGUGAUUGAGUGAUGAGUGAGUGUCAGCAGGAGAGACGCAGGGCUGUAGGGGCGGGGCCAUGUGUGCCGGGCGUCUUCACCUUUUUGUACAUACGGCAAAGAUGGUAUUUUAAGUGUGCAUGAAAGAUUGCUUGUGUGAUAGUGGGAUGAACUUCUUCACAUUCUAAGGGGGGUCCUCUCACUGAGGCCCCCCCAGCCCCCCAAACAGGGGCUGAAAUGAUGGAGAGACAACCAGAAGGAGGAAGAGAUGGAGGAGAGAAUGAUGCGAACUUCUCUGUGGUCCUUCAUCUGUUCCUCUUCAGCGGUGGUCCAUCCUCUGUGGCCUGAGCUUCCUUAAAAAACUCCUGCAGCUGGACUGAUGAACUCACGAAUGUUACCUGAGCGGAGAGAAGAAGACGGAAAGCCAUACCAGAAAGUGAUGCUCAAGGCAGACAAAUCAUGCACUUCUGCGAAGAUCCACACGGACCUUUGUGUCGGCCGCCUGCAGUCAUGCUAACGUUCGCCACGGCGGGCUGAGAGGACGACAUGGACGAGGAAGACGAAUAUCUGGGAUAUUUUAAAGAGAAAGUAGGAAGAGCGUGGAUGAUAUAAAAACUCUAAACUUCUCCUGCCUUUGAAUUUAAGAAAGUUUAUUUUUUAUCUGCACAAAGUCACUCGUUUGUUACGUUUUCUUCUUUUUCUGUUUUUUUUCUGAUGUCGUACAUCAUCAUCGUCGUCGUCUUUAACAGCGAGCUGGAACUUCAUAACUCACCUGUCAGUUUGUGUGUCUGUGCUUCCUCCUACAUUACCUCCACCCCCACACACACAUUCAUGGUCUUUGACCCCCCCCAAUUCCAUCGCUCUCUGCGUGUUGUAGGGGGGACAUGCACACGCGUGUCGCCCGCAGAACGUCUUUGGCUGCACCUGAAGAGCUCCACAGGUUUUUGGGCUUUUGCUCUCAUUGUGAAGGAACUGGGCUGAGCUCAGGGUUUGGGGGGGGAUGCACGGUUGCCGUGGAGACACAGUUGGUCACUUUUUUUUGUCGUCUUUACAUCCUGUUGUAUUAUUUUAAAUCCUUUUUUUCUAUUAAAAAGAAACUACAAGACC